AUGGCUCCAGCACCCGUGCCUCUGCCAGACGUCAAUAGUACGGCUGUCCGCGAGGACGCCGUCGAGGAAGAUGUCAUGGAAGACCACCACCCGUCCAACUUCCAGGACUCUGUCCACAGCCGUCUACGGGCCAAUUCCUCCAUCAUGCAGUUCCAGAAGAUCCUCGUCGCCAACAGAGGAGAAAUCCCCAUCCGUAUCUUCCGUACAGCCCACGAACUCUCCCUACAGACUGUUGCUAUCUUCAGCUACGAGGACAGGCUGAGCAUGCAUCGCCAAAAGGCCGACGAGGCGUAUCAGAUCGGUAAGCGUGGCCAGUACACGCCCGUGGCUGCCUACCUGGCCGGCCAUGAGAUUGUCAACAUUGCCUCGCAGCACGGCGUCCACCUCAUUCACCCGGGAUACGGCUUCUUGUCCGAGAAUGCCGAGUUUGCUCGUGCUGUCGAGAAGGCCGGCAUGGUCUUCGUCGGUCCUACUCCAGAGACUAUCGAUAGACUCGGUGAUAAGGUCUCUGCUCGAAAAAUCGCCAUAGAGUGCAAGGUCCCCGUCGUGCCCGGUACCCCCGGCCCGGUCGAGACCUUCGAUGCUGUCAAGUCAUUCACGGAUGAGUACGGCUUCCCCAUAAUCAUCAAGGCUGCCUUUGGUGGUGGUGGCAGAGGCAUGCGUGUCGUCCGUGACCAGGAGUCGCUGCGGGACUCCUUCGAGCGUGCUACCUCGGAGGCCAAGACUGCUUUCGGCAAUGGCACCGUCUUUGUAGAACGCUUCCUCGAUAAACCAAAGCACAUCGAAGUUCAGCUACUUGGAGACAACCACGGCAACGUCGUCCACCUGUACGAGCGUGACUGCAGUGUCCAGCGUCGUCAUCAGAAGGUCGUCGAGCUUGCUCCGGCCAAGGAUCUCCCCAUUGAUGUCCGUGACAACAUUCUUGCCGACGCCGUCAGGCUCGCCAAACAUGUAAACUACCGCAACGCCGGUACCGCGGAGUUCCUGGUCGACCAGCAGAACAGAUACUACUUUAUCGAAAUCAACCCCCGUAUCCAGGUCGAGCACACCAUCACCGAAGAAAUCACAGGCAUCGAUAUCGUCGCUGCCCAGAUCCAGAUCGCCGCCGGUGCUACCCUAGAACAGCUCGGCCUCACCCAAGACCGCAUCUCCAUCAGAGGUUUCGCCAUCCAAUGCCGCAUCACCACUGAGGACCCUACGAAGGGCUUCCAGCCAGAUACUGGCAAGAUCGAGGUCUACCGCUCUGCAGGUGGUAACGGAGUCCGUCUUGAUGGCGGUAACGGCUUUGCUGGUGCCAUCAUCACCCCACAUUAUGACUCCAUGUUGGUCAAAUGUACCUGCCAUGGUUCCACAUACGAAGUCGCACGCCGAAAGAUGCUUCGUGCCCUCGUUGAGUUCCGUAUCCGUGGCGUCAAGACAAACAUUCCCUUCUUGGCUUCGUUGCUAACACACCCUACCUUCAUCGACAGCCAGUGCUGGACCACCUUUAUUGAUGAUACCCCAGAACUAUUCUCCCUCAUUGGCUCUCAGAACCGUGCCCAGAAACUCCUUGCGUACCUUGGUGAUGUUGCAGUCAACGGAAGCAGCAUCAAGGGCCAGGUUGGCGAGCCCAAGUUCAAGGGCGAAAUCUUGAAGCCCAUCAUGCGUGAUGCCGAUGGCAAACCAAUCGACCUCAGCUCUCCCUGCAAGGAGGGAUGGAAGCAAAUCAUCGAUGAAAAGGGCCCCGCUGCCUUUGCAAAGGCUGUUCGUGAGAACAAGGGAUGUCUUAUCAUGGACACCACUUGGCGUGAUGCCCAUCAGUCCCUGCUGGCAACUAGAGUUCGUACCGUUGACCUCGUCAACAUUGGCAAAGAAACCAGUUAUGCUUUCAGAAACGCAUACAGUUUGGAGUGCUGGGGUGGUGCUACCUUUGAUGUCUCCAUGAGAUUCUUGUACGAAGAUCCAUGGGACAGACUCAGAAAGAUGAGGAAGGUUGUCCCAAACAUCCCCUUCCAGAUGCUGCUUCGUGGCGCCAACGGCGUUGCUUACUCUUCCCUUCCUGACAAUGCCAUCUACCACUUCUGUAAGCAGGCAAAGAGAUAUGGUGUUGAUAUCUUCCGUGUCUUCGAUGCCCUUAACGAUAUCAACCAGCUUGAGGUUGGUAUGAAGGCUGUAGCCGCGGCAGGUGGUGUUAUUGAAGCUACUAUCUGCUACUCGGGAGACAUGCUUAACCCCAAGAAGAAGUACAACCUGGACUACUACCUUGACUUGGUCGACAAGAUUGUGGCCCUGGGAACUCACAUCCUUUGUAUCAAGGAUAUGGCUGGUGUCCUCAAGCCUCAAGCUGCCACCUUGCUUGUCGGAAGCAUCAGGAAGAAGUAUCCUGAUCUCCCCAUCCACGUCCACACUCACGACUCAGCCGGUACAGGUGUUGCCUCCAUGGUUGCCUGUGCACAGGCGGGUGCUGACGCCGUUGACGCUGCAACUGACAGCAUGUCUGGCAUGACCUCUCAGCCCAGUGUAGGUGCCAUCCUCGCCUCUCUUCAGGGCACCGACCAGGACCCCAAGCUCGACAUCCCCAAUGUCCGUGCCAUCGACACCUACUGGGCCCAACUCCGUCUCCUCUACUCGCCCUUCGAGGCUGGCCUCUCUGGACCCGACCCAGAGGUCUACGAGCACGAAAUCCCUGGUGGCCAGCUUACCAACCUCAUCUUCCAAGCUCACCAGCUUGGUCUCGGUGCUCAAUGGCUUGAGACCAAGAAGGCCUAUGAACAAGCCAACGAUCUCCUUGGAGACAUCGUCAAGGUCACCCCUACCUCCAAGGUUGUCGGUGACCUAGCUCAGUUCAUGGUCUCCAACAAGCUAAGCCCAGACGAUGUGAUUGCUCGCGCCGCUGAGCUUGACUUCCCCGCCUCCGUCCUCGAGUUCCUCGAGGGUCUCAUGGGCCAGCCCUAUGGCGGAUUCCCCGAACCUCUCCGUUCCAGGGCUCUUCGUGAUCGUCGAAAGCUUUCGGACCGCCCCGGUCUCCACCUAGAGCCUCUUGAUCUAGCUAAGAUCAAGGCCGAGAUCAAGGAGAAAUUCGGCAGCGCUACCGAAUGUGAUGUUGCUAGUUACGCAAUGUACCCCAAGGUCUACCAGGACUACCGCAAAUUCGUCGCCAAGUACGGUGACCUUUCUGUCCUGCCGACCAAAUACUUCCUUGCCAGGCCUGAGAUCGGCGAAGAAUUCAGCGUUGAGCUCGAGCAAGGAAAGGUGCUCAUCCUGAAACUGCUGGCUGUGGGUCCUCUGUCCGAGCAGACGGGCCAGCGAGAAGUCUUCUAUGAGAUGAACGGUGAAGUUAGACAGGUCACUGUUGAUGACGUUCUUGCUACGGUUGACGACACCAGCCGCCCCAAGGCCGAUCCCAGUGACAGCAGCCAGGUUGGUGCACCAAUGAGUGGUGUGGUAGUCGAAAUCAGAGCCCACGAGGGUGUCGAGGUGAAGAAGGGAGACCCGAUUGCUGUUCUUAGUGCUAUGAAGAUGGAAAUGGUCAUCUCUGCACCUCAUCACGGAAAGAUUGCCAGUCUACAUGUCAAGGAGGGAGAUUCUGUCGAUGGACAGGACCUCAUCUGUAAAAUGACCAAAGCUUGCUGA